AUGAAAGUACUGAUACGACAUUUGUUGACAUACCUUGUAUUUUGCAACUAUCUGGCAUUAGUUGUGGGCACAAAAUUAUCCCCAAAUGAUGUCACAGGUAAAAUCAAGGAUAUCGAGGCGCUAUUCUCCAAAGAUGGGCCCACACUGGUCGUACUUGAGCAGUUUGACCAUAUAAUUAAAGAUGUACGCUCGUACCUGCUGGGCCAAGUUGUGGACUUGGAGCAUAAUGAAUUGAACAAGUCUUUAACACAGUUACUUUUUAAACGUGCCUUGAUCGAGAUUAGUCUCAAAAAGGAAGCUUUGGCCAUAGUUGACUUACAAGACGUUUUAAAGUUGGAUCCUUUGAUGAAACCAGCCGAGAAUAAAUUGGUGGAGAUCUUAGUAUCGAGGGGAGAUUUUGCCAAUUUGGAAAAGUAUUUAAAAGAUGCCAGUGACUCGCCUGGGUGGGAUGCCAUCAAAGUAUUUAAAACUCAUUGGGCGUUGGCGGAAAAGCUAUACAAUGAGAAAAAAUUUGCCGAAUGCUUGAAGGAACUUGAUGAAAUUAUGGUAAUUAGCAACUCAAAUUAUGGUGUCUAUGAAUUGUACUUGCAAGCCAGCUUGGAGUUGUUUAAAAUUGAUCCUCAGCAAAAAAUAAAGUAUAUGGAUGACCCGUCAACAAAAAUCAAUAAGAUCAUAAUCUCAGUGUUAUCCAACUUGAUCAGACUCAACCCCGUCAAGAACCUCGAGUAUUAUGCACUCUUGUCGGAAUUUUAUCUAAUAACGGAAGUUCAAUUUGAUCAAGCGUUCAAAAUUGUGAAGAAUUGUCUCAGAAUAGAUAAUGAUUUUAAGCCGUGUGGUGAAUUAUCUAAAUUUUAUUCGAGAUAUUCCAAGUUUCUCCAAGAUUUAGAGAGCUAUUCAAUAAUGAAUGGUCAUAUAUACCCCGAUUUAGAAGUUGUUCACCAAAGCAAUUUUGAUAAAGAAUUGAUUGAGUUGGAUUUUAAACAGAUUAAUUCGUUUUUAUUCCAUGAUGAUGUGAAACUAACCAAGACUGAACAAAAGAAGAAAUCUUUAAAAGUGAAAACCAAUUUUGGUUAUUUGGUUGCUCGAGUUCAGGAAUCUGCAAAUGGAUUAUCCAAUAGUGGAUUAAUGCUCUAUACCGAUUUGACCAAAUUAGCCUGUGAGUCUUUUAUUCAACUUGGGGAUUACAAGAAUAGUAAACCCAUAUGUAAACUUGUCAAGGACGAAGCGUUCUUUCCACCUGCUGUACCUGAAAUUGACCAAUUGUUGAAAAGGAAGGAUUAUCAAGGGGCCGAAAAGAAGUUGCUGAAAUUCAAUGGGUAUGUUCGAAACACUAAGUUAUACAAGGAUAAACUGAAACCAGUUGAGGAGUAUCUGGAAAAAAUUAAUCAAGAAAGACAGAGGCAACAACAGCAACAGUGGCAGCAACAGCAACAGCAACAACAACAACAACAACAACAACAACAGAGAAAACAACAGCAGCAAAGACAACAGUAUCAACAGUUUAGACAACCCCAAAGCAAACCAAAAACUGACUAUUACAAAAUACUAGAUAUUGGACGAGAUGCCGAUGACAAAACUAUACGAAAAGCAUAUAAAACCCAGACUUUAAAGUACCAUCCUGAUAAAUACAAAGGCACUGACUUGACGCCAGAACAAAUUGAACACAAGAUGCAAGAUGUCAAUAAAGCAUAUGAAGUUUUAUCUGAUCCCGAAUUGCGCGAACGUUAUGAUCGUGGAGUCGAUCCCAACGAUCCAUUGAAUGGUGCUCGUGGGGGAGGUUAUGGACAACCACAGUACUACAAAGGAUCUAAUGGUGGUCAACAGUUUUCAUUCAAUUUUGGAAAUGGAGGUGGUGGUGGUGGUGAUUUUUUCCAACAGUUUUUUGGUGGGUUUGGCAAUGGUGGUGGCGGAGGAGCAGGAAACCCCUUUGGGACUCACCAUAAGGUCAAGAUUAAGAAGAAUAAAAAGAGUAACAAGAAGAAAAGUUAG